UUCAAUUUGUAUUCCUACUUGCUGAUUAAUUUCUUGCUACUUGUGAACUUUUUAUAACUAAGACACCAAUUAACUCCACUAACCCAAAAACAACAUCAGCAAGAGAAUUGGAACGUUUUCUAUUUUUCUUUAAGGCCAAUGACGGAGAGGUUGCCAUUGAUUCUCCUCCUUGCUCUACACUUGUUCGUGUCUGGAGUGUUUUCCACUAGUAUCCUUACCAUAGAGAACAAAUGCAAUAAAACAAUUUGGCCAGUCGUCUUUUCAUGGCGGUCAAAAGUCUCCACCUCCGGCUUCACUCUCAAGAGCGGAGAGGCGCGUGCCAUACAAGCGCCGUCUUCAUGGUACGGUCUUAUCUCGGCUAGGACGCUCUGCUCCAACGACUCAACAGGAAAUUUCACGUGCGCCACGGGAGAUUGCGAAUCCGGCGGGAUCGAGUGUCCCGGCGCAUACAAUUGGUCUCCGGUCACUUAUCUCUUAUUUAGGAUCGAUGACGGCGGAAUCAACAGCUAUACCAUCAGCGUAGAGUACGGUUACAACCUUCCACUAAAGGUUGUUCCAUCAAUCCCGACAUGUAUCAGCUCAGGUUGUAUGGUUGACUUGAGCAAGACAUGUCCAAAUGAUCUUAAGAAAUUUGUCGGGCGAGAUAUAGUCGCAUGCAAUAGCGCAUGCCGAGAAGACAACUCCCAGGAGAACUGUUGCACUCGUUACUUCAACUCANCAUAUUUCAUUUUUUAUUCAAAUUAA